AUGUCCCAUGUGAAUUUGGCUUAUGUUUUUGUAACCAGUGCAGAAUAUAAUUACAAUGAGCCAAUUUUUGGAGCACAGAUAUUUGAGAGGAAACCAACAAAGAUCAAGAACUACGGUGUCUGGCUGCGGUACCAGAGCAGAACAGGUUACCACAACAUGUACAAGGAGUACAGGGACACCACUCUGAAUGGUGCCGUGGAGCAGAUGUACAAUGAGAUGGCAUCCCGCCACAGAGUCAGGCAGCACUGCAUCCAGAUCAUCAAGACAGCCACCAUACCUUCCAAGCUGUGUAAGCGUGAAAGCACCAAGCAAUUCCAUGACUCAAAAAUCAAGUUCCCUCUCGUCUUCAAGAAAGUUAGGCCCCCUUCCAGAAAGUUGAAGACUACCUACAAGGCUUCCCGCCCUAAUCUUUUCAAGUAG